AUGUCUCCAGUCGCCGGGCCCUCGGGAGGGUCUUUCUCUCUGUUUCCUAAUACGCAUACCUCGAAGCCGCCGUCCAGGAAGACGACGCCGAGACCACGGGCUGCGUCGCCGCAGGGUCAGGAACGAGAAGAUCAGUCCUUUCAAAUGACGCCUCCACGGAAUGGCAGACGUACACCAGAAGACCUGUCGCAGUUCGUGAUAGAUGGCUCUCCUUCGCAGUACGCCGUCCAGUACAACCAGCAGGAUAUUGAGCCGAUGGCAGCACAGCCCUUUGACCCGUCUGAUGCGCCCAUACGGACCGAUACCGCAUUCUCGGGAGCCACCACUCUGGUUCGGGGCAACAGCACUCGAUCCAGGAGUUCGAUUGCGAAAAGACCCUUUGAAGAUGAACCAGAAUCAUCUGCUGGCCAGGAGCCAGCUGGCUUUCGGUCCAUCUUUCCUCAGUACGACCAUUCGCUACCAUUUGACCGCCAAGAGUAUUUUCCGACACAAACGAGUCCGAGCCAUAUACCACGGCAAGUCAUAAGCCGGCAAUCACAUGUGCCUGGGGGGACGGAUAGUCGAAGCCCACCCGUGAGGAGUCCUCUCAGAAGUCCACUAAGUGCUGGCUCAGCACAGAGAUGGCCACCGCGGCACCAAGAUCCACCAGUGAUCCCUCCCGUCAGUACUACAGAGGAUCUACGAGAUUACUGGAAAGCGGCCAAUGGUUGGAAAGCAACCUCGACAGAUGGUAGAACCUAUUGCAUGAAACUGGAGCCCGAAAAGGACACUCCGAUAUAUUACCUCUCCUCAACGACGCAACCGUUUUACCACAUGCGAGUUGUUCCUACGUCUGCCUCGGCUUACAUCACGUUGAGCCGUCAUGAUCCCAGCAAGAGUUUCAAGGAGAGAGAUCCCAUGGCGGAUUCGAGACCGCAAGGUAUCCUAGCCGCCCUGAGAGAAACGGAAAAGUCAAAGACGUGGCACGAGGCAAUCACGACAACUCUCGAAGAGGAGUCAAGAAGAUUGCCACCAGAGGAUGGUUUAGUCGCCUUGCUCUACCCUUGUGCAGCAACCAAAAUGGCCCUGGACAAGCCUGGCGACAUCCAAGCCGUCAUGACGGCCGAGAGAGAAUGCGCUCGAUUGGUCUGGGACGAGGACAGCCAAAACUACUUCCUGGUACAUCCAGCGCUCGCUACGCCCUUCUGCAUCACCGUCGAGCGCAAUCAAGCCUGGAGUCGAACCGAGUAUACCCUCGAGCACAUUGAGUCGCCGCAACAUCUUGCCAAAUUGACCCGCGACGGCACCGGUGAAGGCUGGAUGGAACUGGACACUCUUAUUGCCGGCCGGAUUGAGGCGCACUAUAUCCUCGACGUGGCAGUUACUGCUCUUCUCAUCGUCGCUAACCAAGACGAGAAGAAUCACAAAAUUGAGACGUUUGAGCCGCCGCCAAUGAUGCUGCCACCGCCACCCGCGCACUUGCGCGAGUCUGGGAGAGAAAGCCGGACCAGUCUGGCAUCCAGGCUCACCGGCGGCAAAGACGGCAAGAAGUCGAAGAAUAAGAAGCGCGGCAAGCUCGAGGAGAUUGAACUGGAUCUCGAGAGCCAGACGAGUAGCCUGGGCAAGCAACUCGACGUCAAGGACAAGGACAAGCUGCCCAGCACCACGAGGACGGUGAUCAAGCUCAUCAGUUUUGCCUUCAAAUGCCUCAUCUGGGCACUGACGUUGGCUUUCAAGGCCCUGGUCGCCAUUGUCGCGGGCUUGAGCAAAUGUUUGACAAGUGAAAAAUUAUGA